AUAUGCCAACGACACCUGUUUCUGCUACUGUAGCUCCAACGCUGGCUGCGGACGAGUGCACUUUCCAGGACAACAUGUGUCAAUGGAACAACUCUGUCUUUGACACGAUGCAGUGGCAACGUCACAAGGGUACGACCCCCACUCCGCAUACCGGACCCCUGGCUGACCAUGACAACAACCCAAACAAUUACUAUCUAUUCCUUGAGUCUUCCGAUCACCUCAACAAAGUGGCCAGGUUGGAUUCCAGGCAGUUCCCAGGUGGAGACUAUUGCAUUGACUUUUACUACUAUAUGUAUGGCUCUGGCAUUGCAAACUUGGUCUUUAAUGUGUUGGCUGGGAACACAACAUAUCACUUAAAGACAUGGUCAGGUGACAAAGGUGAACGCUGGUAUCACCACAGAAUAAACACACACAUCCGGAACAGCAGCACCAUCAAGUUUGAGUUCGAAGGUCACACUGGCAGCAGUAUCUAUUCCGAUAUGGCCAUUGAUGAUAUCACCAUAAACCUUGGAAACUGUACAUUCUAGUGGAGAAAAUAUAAUGCAGCAUAAACAUAAAUGUUGAAAAUAACAUUACACAUACAUUGUAGAUAAAUUGAACAGUUGUGAA